UGUGGCCAGUUAGUCAUGCAGUGCGCGUCUUGGACACGGCGCUGCGCUCUCGGCGCUCCGCCGCUCUGCUCGUCUGAAAGCACACCCCGCCCUCCCUCCUUCCCUCCCUCUCCACCUCUACCAGUACACCACACAUGAGGGGGAGAGAGGACCUUCAUCCGCGUCUUUCAUAGUAACCGAGCCACGCCGUUCACAGCCAGACUUCUCAGCCAGGACACCGGAGUCUCUGACCGGUCCUUCCCGGAGGUGUGUCCCGCUCAUCCGCUCCCCUGCCAGCAGCUCCGCGCCGCUUCGCUCCGUUCUGCGCCGGUCCGGUCCGGUAGGGUCCGAUCGCUUCCCCCCUGGAGAACAGUUUAUUCCCUGGAAGCUGGAUGAAUUAUUGGAGAGUUGGGAACAAGUGCGAGAAGAAAGCUGAGGCUUGGGAUCUGCCUCCUCGCUCCGUCCAGGGAAGACAAGACUCCGCCAGAGUUGUGGACGAUAAUGGAGGGGACGUCCCUGUAUCUUCCUAUUGUCAUUUUACUGAUGCAAUGUUCCCCCUCCGUUCCUGUUACCGUGGCGACCAAGAGACACAAGGUGGAGGUGCGUGAGUUCUCAGAUGCGGUGCUGUCCUGUACGUUCCGCACAGAGAAUGACCAGAACCCGCGCAUCGAGUGGAAGAAGAAGGGGAAAGAUAUUUCCUUUGUGUACUUUGAUGGACAAUUCAAACCUCCUUUUGAGGGCCGGGCGACCAUUGAAGGGGCCACGGUGACACUGCAAAGGGUGACUCAGGAAGACGCCGGGGAUUACCGCUGUGAGAUCAGUGCUCCUCUUGACUCGGUCAUCCUGGGCGAGACCAACAUCACGCUCAAAGUCCUGGUGCCCCCACACACCCCGUCCUGCGAAAUCCCCAGCGCGGCAGUGACAGGCUCCGUGGUGCAGCUGCGCUGUAGGGACCAGCAGAGCAUCCCGCCUGCUACAUACUCCUGGUUCAAGGACAGCAAGCCAAUCGGUCAGCCACGCCACGGCAACGCCACCUAUCUAAUCAACCCACACACAGGAGUACUGGAGUUUCGAGCUGUAGCCAAAAACGACACCGGUCGAUACAGCUGCUUGGCUUCGAACGGAGUGGGAUCACCCAAGAUGUGCAAGGGCAAGCACAUGACGAUAGAGGACGUCAACGUGCCGGCCGUGGUGGCAGCAGUGGUGGUGGUCUGCCUGGUCAUCGUGGUCUGUGGAUGCGGGGGAUUCCUCUUGCACCGCAACGGUUUCUUCAGCCCAGGACACAGAGGAAGGUCAUUUUGGAUCUCCCAGUGUCAUGGUGCAGCCCACAUCAGCAGCCAAACCCUGCACAGAACUGAGGACACCCCCAGGAUUUCAAACACACUCAGUCAUUCAUGCUCUAAGAAGCUGGCCUUCCUUUGAGAACACGUCACCCUCGUGUUACGGUGCCAAACACUGGAUUAUCUGGUUAACUCUAUCCCUGGACUCUGGAUGAGCUCUCGAUCUUCCAGUUCAUGCUAAUUUUAAUCUUCUUCCUGUACCGCUCCUUUUGAAUGACAAGACAAAUGUGCAAGGCUUCUUACGCUCUUGCUCUGCCCUGUGUGGGUCGCCCCAGUCAGUGAUGGUCUUAUGGAUAAGGAA